AUGCCCACCCCCACCCCCACCCCCACCUCUCCAAUCCUCACCUCGACCCCGCGCCUGCACAUCUCCCUCCUCUCCCCCACCCCAACGCACAGCACCUUCCUCCACCACCUCUGGACGAGCCCAGACUUCACCACCUCCUGCGGCCCCUCGCCCUUCAAAACCUCCGACGACGCUACAGCCUUCCUCACCAACCGCCUGCAAAGCAUCUACACCACCUCCAACUACCAGCGCGGGAUCUUCCUCCUCUCCCGCCGACCGCACCCCACCGCCCCGCUCGCCGGAAGCGUCCCCAUCGGCACCAUCUCCCUGAUGCAAGGCGCCCCGCCCGACGGAUACAGUGUCCCCGACAUCGGGUUCAGCGUGCUGCCCGAGGAGAGCGGGAGGGGGUAUGCGACCGAAGCCGGGCGGGCGAUGGUGGAGUAUGCCUGCACGGAAUUGGGGGUGGACGGGGUGUUUGGGUUCUGUGAUGUGGAUAACGCCCGGAGUCGGCGGGUGUUGGAGAAGAUCGGGUUGGAGUUUCGGGGGGAGAGAGCGUUGAAGGUGUUUGGUGGGAAGAGGAGUGCUGCUUAUGCUUUGCCGGGGAUGGCCAAGGAUUUGGGGGUUUAUGGGGUUGAGGGUUGAGUUAAUCUAUUUCCUUUCCGGAGAGGGGGGGUUUGAGGAAUUGUGGUGUGGUUUUGGGGCUAC